UGACAAAUAGAAACAUCAAUCCGAUAAGUGACAUAACCAUAGAAGAUAAAGAAAUAUGUGAAAAGGAACGAUGAAGUCACUCGCCAACAAAAUGUUGAUUUCGCUGUUAAACUGCAGAUGACAAUUUUAAAGUUAUACUUGUCAUUCAUCUCGCAUAAAUGAAAACUGAUUAGCAAAAUCUUGCAUUUUGCAAUAAACAAAUUAACAUUCGGUGGUUUAGUAGUUUUUCAUAACACCAAUCAAAGCCAAAGUUAAGAAGAUGACGUGAUCAUUUUUGGUCUUGCCUUUUUUUAUUUACGAGCAUAACUUACUGUUGCAUUGGAAAGGUAAAACAGAUUUCUCCAAGAUUCACUUUGUCGGUAAGAAGUUUCCACAAGGGAUGAUUAAACACAUUGCGUAAAUAAACUCAGUAUGCUUAAGUAUGAUGGCCAAUCACAUGCUGAAGGUUUUGUAUAAAGUACUUGGAGUUGGAAAUGAUUGUAACAACGUCCACCGACAAUUCUGUAAAAGAUUCUUAAACUUUGAAAUUCGUUGACGGCAAGAAAAAAAAAACUGAAAAUAUAAAUAAUAUGACGACAAAUUUAAAACAUACACGGUAUCCUUCAGUUUUGAAUGUGACACACGGUCUCUUUAUUGACGUUUAAGUUUGAAAAAUUGAAGUCUUGACUGGAUUUAGCUGUGAUUAUCAAAUGGAAUAAGCACGCAAUCCUUUUUUCUUUUUGUCGACAAGCACGCAAUCCUAUUCUCAUUAGAUCUACACAUGCUUGUUCAUAUUAAAUCAUACUGUAAAACAUAAAGCAUUUGUCAUACUCAUAAGUCUCCGGGAGUUCCAAAAUUAGACGAAAACAUCAUGUUUUUAAUCAAUUCAGGGAUCAUGAGACUAAAACAACUUUAUUUUUACUUCAUUCAGACAUGGAUCCAGUAGCUUAAACAUGGAUUUGACCUGGGGUCUUUAAUGUAAUAUUUCUACAACAAACAAGGUGAUUUCUAUUAUAUUACUCACGAGCUUCAUAAUCUAUUAUUCGAGCUUAUAUAAAUAGAAUAUUAAAUGAAAUGGGUUGCACUUGUUUUUUUGGUGAAAAUAGUUUCAAAUUUACGUAGGUAAUUUGGAUUAUAGGUUUACAUCAUUAUCACUUCGACGAACAAACAACACAUAUUAACUCCAAUCUUUUAUAUAUAUUCGUUAUUUUUGUUACUAUAUUUGGAGUAUCAAAUAUCUAACACCAUUCGAUUUUGACUGAUGAAUACCUUUUUUUCUUCGGUUAAUUAGUCUUAAACCAAAAUCGUUCUACUGAAAAGAAUUUUAAAACUUUUUCUUUUGACUGAAAAAUUCACAAACUCUUAACAAAAUCUAUCCACAACUCUUUUUAACUUUCUUUUUGUUGUUACUCCUCUUUGGUAACAAAAACAAAUCAAAGUUAGCACCGUUGCGCCAGCUUGGCAAGAAUUAUGGGGUCCCACAAAGCUAUCAGCUGGGAGCCAGUAGACGAUCCAGCUUUACGAUUAGAUGCAGUGUCGUUUCCGUAAAUAACAAGAGAUCCAGGCCCAUAUUCCUAUAACACACUACAUAGAGAUAGAGACAGCCACGAGUCUCUCCAUAAUAGAACACUUGUGUCGGCAAAAGCUACGAGGCACACUUCUCUCUUAUUACGCUUUUGUCGUCACACUUCAAAAAAAAAAUUAAUUAAUUUGAAACUGAAACGGUGCGUUUCGUUUCACCGGCGCCGGAAACAAUGAGGAAGGAGAUUCUGCCGCCGGUGUCCACCACCACCGUCUGUUUAGAGAAUAAGCCAUUAGUCGCCACAUUGCUAGCUCUCUCCCUCGUCAUGAUCAUCUGGAACCUUCCUCCUUACUACCACAACCUCAUCUCCACCGCUCCUCCCUGCUCCGCCUCUCCCACCACCACCGCCACCACCAUACUCUCCUCCUCCUCCUCCUCAUUUUCUCCACCUGAGAAUUUCGCCACCUCUCUCUCCGCCACGCCGGCAACUUCUCCUCCGUCAGAUCCGAACAAACGCGUUUUCCAACCGUUCGGAAACGCGGCGGCGCUGUUCGUCCUCAUGGGAGCUUACCGCGGCGGUCCAUCAUCCUUCUCCGUCGUCGGACUCGCCUCCAAACCGAUCCACACCUUCGGGAAGCCAUGGUUCAAGUGCGAGUACCUAUCCAACAACGGAACCACAGCACGAGCCACCAAAGCCGUGAAGAUUCUCCCGGACUGGGGCUACGGACGAGUCUACACCGUCGUCGUCGUCAACUGCACGUUCCCCUCGAACCCCAACUCCGAUAACUCCGGAGGCAAACUCGUCCUCAACGCCUACUACAACGAAUCUCCCACACUCUUCGAGAGGCUCACGGCCCUCGAGGAGAGCGCAGGGUCUUACAACGAGUCGAGAUUCUCGCCGCCGUAUCCGUACGAGUACCUCUACUGCGGCUCGUCGCUGUACGGGAACGUGAGCUCGUCGCGUAUGAGGGAGUGGAUGGCUUACCACGCGUGGUUCUUCGGAGAGAGAUCGCAUUUUGUUUUUCACGAUGCCGGUGGGGUUUCGCCGGAGGUUAGGGAGGUUCUUGAGCCGUGGAUUCGAGCCGGGAGGGUCACGGUUCAGGACAUUAGGGACCAGGCUCGGUACGAUGGUUAUUACUAUAACCAGUUUUUGAUUGUUAAUGAUUGUUUGCAUCGGUAUCGUCACGCUGCGGAGUGGACGUUUUUCUUUGAUGUUGAUGAGUAUAUUUAUUUGCCUGGUGGGAAUACGCUUGAAUCGGUUCUUGCUGAGUUUUCGGAUUAUACUCAGUUCACUAUUGAGCAGAACCCAAUGUCUAGUGUUCUUUGCUUGAACGAUUCAACUCAAGAUUAUCCCAGGCAAUGGGGAUUUGAGAAGCUAUUAUUCAGGGAAUCAAGAACAAACAUAAGACGUGACAGGAAAUAUGCGAUCCAGGCCAAGAACGCUUUUGCAACAGGAGUUCACAUGUCUGAAAACGUAGUAGGCAAAACGCUACACAAGACAGAGACGAAGAUCCGUUAUUACCAUUACCACAACACCAUAACAGUGCACGAGGAGCUUUGCAGAGAGAUGUUACCUGUUUCAGCCAAGAAGAAGGUGACAUUGUACAAGAAGCUUCCAUAUGUGUAUGACGAUAACAUGAAGAAGCUAGUGAACACGAUUAAAGAGUUUGAGCAGAAAAAACUUGGGAACAAAGAUGUGAAGCAUUUCUCAUGACAAGAGAUAAAAACUUAAUCCCUCUGAUAAUCAUUUUGUUUAUAAAGAAGGUACAGUAGUUGUUUCUGUUUAGUUGUAUCAUCUGUUUUGUCCUCUUUUACUAUUUCAUUAAUAAC